UCAAAUUGAGUUAGGGAACAGGAUAGCAAUAAGUAAAUGGCUAUAAGUAAUUGUAAAACAUCAAAAAUAUAUGUCAUCACUAGAUUUUAUACAGGUGUUACUAUAAUGAUUUUUUUAAAUGGUGAGCAACAACCAAAUAUUGAUAAUGUGGAAGUUACUGCCUUUUGCCUUGGCGUGACUUCUCACUUUUUGCAGACAAUACAAAGGCAGAGUACAGUGACUUCAAAAUAGAGGUCAAAAGUCAAAAUGUCAAGUUUGAGCUCAAGAUUUGUUAUGUAGAUAUACAUAUAUAAAAAAAAGUUGAAUUGCACAGUUGUUUGUCUUACGUAACUUCCAAAAUUAAUUUAAUAUUAUGCAAUGGAUGCAUUGCAUAAUAUUAAGUGUCCCAAUGUGGAAUUAUUCCUCUCCAUACAAAGUACAAGAAAAAAUUGCUUUGAAGCUUAAGUCAUCAUUUGAUACACAUAGUCAGUGUUACUUAAUAUUACACUACUAUAGUUAGAAAUAGUAAGAAGUAGACAAUAUUGGCUAUAUCAGAUAUCAAUGAAGGGAAAUGAUGGUUCAAAAGUCUGUCUGUCUGUCUGUCUGUCUGUCUGAUUCCCAUUUUAAUGGAUUAGAAGGAAGUCCAUUUGGAACAAGAUUAUUUGAUCACUGCUUAAGACACGACCAAGCAGGACACCUCUGCUAAUUGAUCCACCUAAUCCUAUCAGAGGUCUGUGAAACACAGGUAUAAAAGCCAAAGUCAGAUGUGGGGCACUAGUCACCCAAGGAGGUUGGAAGUGACAAGAAAGUCAACUGCUAAGGUCCUCCUUCUACGAUCAGAAUGGCAGAAGAGUGGGGAAAACAGGUAUUUGCUGCCAGGCGGUACAACGAAGAUGCAACACAGAGCGGUGGCUUUGUUUACACAAACAGCAAUAAUACCAAAGGUCCUUUUGAGGGUCCAAAUUACCACAUUGCUCCGCGAUGGAUUUACAACCUUACGACAAUGUGGAUGUGCAUGGUGGUUGUCGUAUCAACCUUCACCAACGGUCUCGUCUUGGUGGCCACAGCAAAGUUCAAGAAACUCCGUCACCCUCUGAACUGGAUCAUAGUAAAUCUUGCAUUUGCUGAUAUAGUAGAGACACUUAUUGCCAGCAACAUCAGUAUAUGCAACCAGUUUUUUGGUUACUUCAUUCUGGGACACCCAAUGUGCAUGUUUGAGGGCUUUACUGUUGCAACAUGUGGUAUUGCUGGUCUCUGGUCCCUCACUGUCAUCUCCUUUGAGAGAUGGAUAAUUGUGUGCAAACCUUUUGGAAACGUCAAGUUUGAUGGCAAAAUGGCCGCAGCUGGAAUAGUGUUCUGCUGGGUCUUUUCAGCGGCUUGCAUGGCUCCCCCUCUCUUUGGAUGGAGCAGGUACUGGCCUCAUGGACUGAAGACUUCCUGUGGACCUGAUGUACAAAAUGGAAAUGCACUGCCUGAAUUGAAUAUCCAGUCCUACACGCUUUUUCUUAUGAUUACAUGUUGUUUCAUUCCUCUGGGCAUCAUCAUUGUUUGCUACCUUGCAGUAUUUAUGGCUAUCCAUUCAGUUGCUAUGCAGCAGAAGGAAUCAGAGUCAACCCAGAAAGCUGAGAAAGAAGUAUCCAGAAUGGUCGUUGUCAUGAUUUUCGCAUUUUGUUUCUGCUGGGGACCUUACACCUUUUAUGUCUGCUUUGGUGCGGCUAACCCUGGAUAUGCCUUCCAUCCUCUGGCUGCUGCCUUGCCUGCAUACUUUGCAAAAAGCGCCACCAUCUGGAACCCACUUAUAUAUGCCUUCAUGAACCGACAGUUCCGUACAUGUAUCAUGCAACUCCUUGGCAAACAAGGGGAUGAUGGCUCUGAGGUAUCCACAUCAAAGACAGAGGUCUCCUCCGUGGCUCCUGCAUAAAGCUGUUGAUGUCCUCCCUUUUGGAAAAAACAACAACAGAGAACCGAGAGAGAAUUAUGAUUUGUACAGUAAAUAUGAAUAUAUGAAUAUAAAUAUGUAUUGUUUAGUUAUUUAUUUUUAGUAAAUAUAGCUU